AUGGCUGUUGGACUUGGUGUUCCUGCAGCGUCGGCAGCGAACCCUAACCUUGGCCCUUGGUAUGACGAAGUAGCCGCCAGCACCGUCGACCCGCCCACGCUAAUCCAGUCCAAGACCAAGACCCUCGCGCAGCUCGUCCGCCAGGCGCAGACCGUGGCCGUAUACACCGGCGCUGGGACCUCUCCCCCGUCGCUGGAUAGGCUGACGGAGCUCGUGCAGCCGCGCUUCGUGCAGGCCGGCGGGGACGAAGGCGCGCAUGCUAACCUCGUGUUGGUUCUAGACUCGCCUCCUGCCACUUUCGUCAACACCGGCAAACCUCUUUGCAUCGUCAGCCCCCAUCCUACAUCCUUAGACGACGCCGCGACGCUGCGCAUCGGCGCCGCCCCCGACGAAGUGAUAGCUGGCCUCGUGAAGGAACUAGCGGCGCGAAGGGAGCAUGAGGAAGAGGAGUGGAAGACCCGCAUACCCCCGGGCGGGGCGGGGAUCUUGAACGAGGGGCUGGAGGAGAGGGUGGAUGGCGAGGGGGAGAGGACGUGAGAGGUUAACUGAUCUGGUAGUGUUUUGGACGUGUGUGUAGUACUAGGGUUGAACGUUCGUUUCUAUUCAUAUGUAUUAGUAACUUAGCAUAACACAAGCGUGUCUGUAGCAUAUCCCAAUGUUGGUCCCACAGUCUGGACACAGUGAAGUGUCUCCCGAGAACGACGUUUGCCUUUACUAACAAAGAAGUCGUAUAUCCCACUCUAAAGGAUCCUCUCGCCGCGUCGGGUUUGCAACACCAAAGCACG